GUAUAAUCCAAGAAUCACCUGAUUUAUCCAGAAAAUCCUCCCACAUCAAUGGCCAUUAGUAAUUCCUCACAGGUGACAGAGUUCAUUCUCCAGGGAUUCUCUGAACACCCCAAACUCCGGCUUCUAUUAUUCAGUUGUUUCUUCUCCUUGUAUGUGGUGGCCCUCACAGGCAAUGUACUGAUCAUCACAGUCAUCAAACUUAACCCAAGUCUCCACAGCCCCAUGUACCUUUUUUUGUUUAACUUGGCUACAAUGGACAUUAUCUGUACCUCCUCCAUUCUGCCCAAGGUGCUGCAAGGACUGCUCAUAGAGAAGAACACUAUCUCCUAUGGGGGCUGCAUGACCCAGCUCUACUUUCUCAUUUGGUCUGGAUCAUCAGAACUGCUUCUUUUUACAGUCAUGGCUUAUGACCGCUAUGUGGCCAUCUGCCACCCCCUGCAUUACAGUACCAUGAUGAACAAAACACUCUGUAACAUAUUGGCAGCUGGCGUAUGGCUCAUUUGUGCCUUCAAUUCCUCCAUAAAUACUGGUCUAAUGACAAGACUAUCUUUCUGUGGACCUAAUGUUAUUACUCAUUUUUUCUGUGAGAUUCCCCCUCUCUUGUUGCUCUCCUGUACUUCUACCUAUAUUAACAGUGUCAUGACUGUCAUAGCAGAUGCAUUUUAUGGUUUGAUAAAUUUUCUUCUGACGUUGAUAUCAUAUGGUUUCAUCAUCUCUAGCAUCCUGAAAAUUCAGACAUCAGAGGGAAAGAAGAGAGCAUUCUCUACUUGUUCCUCUCAUCUUAUUGUGGUAUCCAUGUAUUACACAGCUGUUUUCUAUGCCUAUAUAAGUCCUAUUUGCAGCUACAAUCCAGAGAGGAGUAAACUGGCUGGUGUGUUGUACACCAUGUUAAGCCCAACUUUAAAUCCUCUGAUUUAUACCCUAAGGAACAAGGAGGUCAAAAUGGCCCUUAGCAAGCUCUUUCUAACUUUUAGAAAGUAA